AUGUGCCGUAGUCAGCUACGUAGUCAUGGAGCCAGAGAAACGUCCAUGGAUAUUCAUAGUUUAUGCGCGCGUCAUAUUCGCCAGCUAGCAGCCACUGCCAGAGAUCCACCAGAUGAGGACGAGGGCAUCUUUGGAUGUUGGCACGGUCAUCCCAAGAGCGCUCCGAAUUCGUCCAUGCGUAUUAUUUUAGUGGGCCGCGACCAUAGUCCAAGAAUUCAUUCCGGGCCAGGGCGGCCUGGGCUUGCGCCAAGUCGAUUCGUCAGUCUGUCAGUCAGUCAUCCCACCAACGCCUCCCUCAGCUCCUCCCCGACGGACGGUCGCCGUCGCCGUCGCCGUCGGUCCGAGGAUAGAAUGGGCCCGUCGUUUCGUUGUCGUGGUGUGCAAGUCUCGGACGAGAUUUGAAUGGCUUCGGGGCCACGAUCGGCGAGGGGGAGGGGGAGCGAUGGAAGGGCGGGAAAGUCCGCCUGGGAAGGGACCGUCUUCGAGAAAUCAGGGCUGCUGGUGAGUCGAUUCUUCGGAAGAUGACGAUGAGGAGGAGGAGGAGGACGACGACGAGCGGAUGCCUCCGCAUCCGAUCUGCCGUCAUGAUGGAUGCGGUAAUUGGCAUAGAUUUGGUCGCAUCCCUUCGACCUCUACAUGUCGAACGGAUGCGUCAAGCGAUUCUUUUUGGCUCGAUAAAGUGAUUCCGCUCUGAGCUGGCUCCUUCGCGUCGCCUGCUGACACGUUUGUCCUCUGUCGUCUUUCUUCGAUGGAAGUUUGGAUUAACUCCAUACGACAUCCGAAGGCGCCUGUGGGAGCCCCACCAGAAUCCCUCACCUUUCAGGAGGUUUCUUCGCUCAUCUCGGCGCAUUAAUUUACAAAUUGACUCCACGUAGGGAGUACAUGGAACAUAUUGUAACGAGGGUUCAGUCCUCUAAUAAUAGCAGUAUGGGCCAUGUGCAUUCAUGAUGUUCGUGUUCGCAGCUCAUUUACUCGAAGAAUGAUCAUGUAACACCUAUGUCAGUAAAAAUAACAUUCUAAAAGCUUUGCUCCUGCACAUCGAAGGAAGUCGAGAGGAAACUAUGAAGGACAUAGCCAGAUGAGUAGGUGCAUAUUGUGUACGAUUUUCCAGACGUCAUCAUUAUGGGUAUGGGUAUCAUCUCUGUUUCACGACCAGUCACUUAUUUGUAUCAUGAUCAUCAGGUAUAGUGAAUCUUCAGAUUCUAUUUACAGAGACAUUCUGCCAGGUUUUAUUUUUAUAUCGAAAUUCAGGUGACUUUAGACGUGAGUCGGCCCGAAACUGAAGUUGAAGUCCACGAAUCACCUUAAGAUGUGAUUUGUCGAUUUCAACUCCAUGCUUGUAGUUUAACAUGUGAACUAGGCCACUGCCACUUUGUAUCACGACGUGGUGAUGGCCCUGCGCAUUUUAAAAAAGUAAUAAAAAUAUAUGAAUAUAUAAAAUUUAUGAAAGUAAAAAAGAAUCC